CACAACGGAUGCAGAAUAUGCGUGGACAUGUCUCCCCRCACUUCCUGCAUCUGCGCUCUCUGUCCCCGCACUUUUCUCAGCCGUAACAGCUGUUUUAUCCAUUAUUAACAUAUGGUAAUGCAUUUUUCUGAGCCGUYUUUGAACGCACCAUAAGUGUGAGCAUGCUACUCCUGCAGAUGAGAUGACUGAUAGGACCUGCUGUGCUGAGCAGAGCCUCCCGGUGUAAAGAGCAACUAAAACUUGGCACAGUUUUUACCAAACAAACCAUAACAAGGUCAGGGAGGAGACAGACCAGAUAGCCUACAGCAGCAGGGAUCAUAAUGCAGACUUUCCUCAGGAGCCUGAUGUGGACCUCACUGUGACUUGCUGUCUGCUUGACACAGCACGAGGAAAGCCGAAUGUAAUUGUGGGCUUUUGAAAAAGGAAAAACAAAAGAAGAGGCAAGCUUCCCAUCUUUGUUCUUGCCUUAUGAGAGCAUUCUCUGUGGACUUUGCUUCGGCACACUCUGUACUGUUUAGUUACUGCAUGUAUCCACCGCUCUCAGGUGUAGGAGAGGAGUAAAACACAAGGAAGAAAAAAAGAAAUGAAGGGGAAAUAAACAGAGUGAGGCGGCGUAAUUAGUGCUGCUGACUUUGAGCCAGAGUGAGAAAUCAUGAGAAGAGACUUCUGAAGACAACUGAAAAGGCAUUGCAACUAACCUCCGGGACAUUUGCAUGUGUGUGUGUGGAUUUAUGUGCGCACGCCUCUUUCACUUUCAAAAGACUUGAAUUUGUAUUUGGAUGUGGAUUUAGCCAUUCAUUAUGACUCUGCGAGGAGGCUUUAAGAGACUGUGGAAUGGCCGUCACAAAGAUGUUUUCUGCUGGGUGUUGCUGCUGGCUAGUUAUUUCACGAUCACCUUGGCAGCCAAGCCCAAAAUGCCAGGCCACACACACCUCAACUCGAUACGUAUUGAUGGAGACAUAUCUCUGGGUGGCCUUUUCCCUGUGCAUGCGAGGGGGAACGACGGAAAAGCCUGUGGGGAGCUGAAGAAGGAGAAAGGGAUCCACAGGUUGGAGGCCAUGCUAUUUGCCCUGGACCGUAUCAAUAACGACAAUGAGCUGCUGCCUAACAUCACGCUGGGGGCCCGCAUCUUGGACACCUGCUCCCGGGACACCCAUGCUCUGGAGCAGUCGCUGACAUUUGUCCAGGCGCUGAUUGAGAAAGACUCAACCGAUGUCAAGUGUCUCAGUGGAGGGCCGCCUAUUAUCACGAAGCCAGAGAGGGUGGUGGGGGUGAUCGGCGCUUCCUCCAGCUCCGUGUCAAUCAUGGUGGCCAACAUUUUGCGCCUUUUUAAGAUCCCUCAAGUGAGUUACGCUUCCACAGCCCCGGAACUGAGUGAUAACACCCGCUACGACUUCUUCUCCCGUGUAGUUCCUCCAGAUACCUACCAGGCACAGGCUAUGGUAGACAUCGUCAAAGCUAUGCGCUGGAAUUACGUCUCAACGGUAGCUUCAGAGGGAAACUAUGGAGAGAGUGGCGUUGACGCAUUUAUUCAAAAGUCUAGAGAGGAUGGUGAUCUGUGCAUAUCACAGUCUGUGAAAAUUCCACGUGAACCAAGACUCGGAGAGUUUGACAAAAUCAUCCAUCGGCUGAGUGAGAACCCAAAUGCUCGAGUGGUCAUCAUCUUUGCCAAUGAGGAUGACAUCAGGCGUCUUCUUCAAGCAGCUAAAAGAGCUAAUCAAACAGGACAUUUCAUCUGGGUCGGCUCAGACAGCUGGGGAUCCAAAAUUACUCCGAUACUGAACCAUGAAGAAAUGGCAGAAGGUGCCGUCACCAUCCUACCAAAACGRCAAUCUAUUAAAGGUUUUGAUCGAUAUUUUAUCAGUCGAACGUUGGAGAACAACAGAAGGAAUAUCUGGUUUGCAGAGUUUUGGGAGAACAACUUCCAGUGCAAGCUAAGUCGACAUGCUGUGAAGAAAGGAUCUGGCAUCAAAAAGUGUACAAAUCAUGAGCGGAUUGGGAAAGAUUCAUCCUACGAACAGGAGGGGAAGGUCCAAUUUGUAAUAGAUGCCGUUUAUGCCAUGGCUCACGCCCUGCAUAACAUGCACAAAGACCUCUGUCCUGGAAAAGUUGGCCUUUGCUCCAAGAUGGACACCAUAAAUGGCACGCUGCUCCUAAAAUACAUUCGCCAUGUCAACUUUACAGGAAUUGCAGGCACCCCGGUGGUCUUCAAUGUGAAUGGAGAUGCUCCUGGUCGCUAUGAAAUCUACCAAUACCAGAUCAGAAAUAACACCACAGAAUACAARAUCAUCGGGCACUGGACGGAUCAGCUCCAAUUAGAUAUCAGUGAGAUGCAGUGGCCUGGUGGAACACAGGAAGUCCCCUCCUCCAUCUGCAGCCAACCCUGUCACCCCGGCCAGCGUAAGAAAAUAGUGAAGGGGAUUCCAUGUUGCUGGCACUGUGAGAACUGUGAUGGUUACCAGUAUCAGGCAGAUACUUACACCUGCAAGAUGUGCCGCUAUGAUUUGCGUCCCAAUGAAAAUCACACUGAAUGUGUUCCCAUUCCCAUUGUGAAGCUGGAGUGGAGCUCUCCAUGGGCCGUCAUCCCAGUCCUAAUUGCCGUCUUGGGGAUCAUAGCAACUUUGCUGGUGGUCGCCACCUUUGUACGCUACAAUGACACACCCAUUGUCAAGGCAUCGGGUCGAGAACUGAGCUAUGUGCUGCUGACAGGUAUCUUUCUGUGCUACGCUACAACAUUYCUCAUGAUCUCUACCCCUGAUGUGUUCGUGUGCUCCCUUCGAAGAAUUUUCCUUGGCCUGGGGAUGAGUAUAAGCUACGCAGCACUUCUCACCAAGACAAAUCGAAUCUACAGGAUUUUCGAGCAGGGCAAAAUGUCAGUCAGCGCCCCUCGAUUUAUCUCGCCGGCCUCCCAGUUGGUCAUCACAUUCAGUUUGAUUUCAGUGCAGCUGCUUGGAGUGUGCAUCUGGUUCGGUGUGGAUCCGUCACAAGCCAUCAUCGACUACGAGGACCAGCGUACAGCCAAUCCUGACAUGGCCCGAGGUGUUCUGAAAUGUGACAUCUCCGACCUGUCUCUGAUCUGUCUGCUGGGUUACAGCAUGCUCCUGAUGGUCACCUGCACAGUCUACGCUAUAAAAACCAGAGGAGUUCCAGAAACGUUCAAUGAGGCAAAGCCCAUUGGCUUCACCAUGUACACCACUUGCAUUGUAUGGCUAGCCUUCAUCCCCAUAUUCUUUGGGACUUCACAAUCAGCAGAAAAGAUGUAUAUCCAGACUACAACCCUGACGAUCUCUGUCAGCCUCAGUGCAUCAGUCUCUCUGGGAAUGCUCUACAUGCCCAAGGUCUAUGUGGUUCUGUUCCAUCCAGAGCAGAAYGUGCCCAAACGCAAGCGCAGCCUCAAAGCUGUGGUCACUGCAGCCACAAUGUCCAACAAGUUCAACCCCAAAGGAGGCCUGAGGCCAAAUGGAGAGGCCAAGUCUGAACUCUGUGAAAGUCUGGAAACACAAGUGCUGGCCUCGAAGCAGACAUACAUAGGCUACAGUAACCACGCCAUCUAAGGAACUUUGGGAGAGGACCAAAGGCCUGCCGCAGGAGGAAUCACUUGUUUUGAGGGCUUUACUGGAGAACUUUCAAGCUGCUGCAACAAAGAAGAUGGACGUGGAAACAAAGGGGAUUAAUCACUUCAGAAGAAUGCCAAAUUUUUUGGAAGAGAAUAAGGCUCGAAUGCAAUAUUAAUAAAAAGAGAAGAUGGGAGAAGUAAAAGAGCUUGGACAGGUAAUUUUCCUCUUCCCACCCUUUUUGCGACACAAGUGACCAUGUUUUCAGGCAAAGGCUGAAUGGACCACCUGGAUCCUAUAGUUUGUCUUUUUUUCUGAAGCGUACAGCACACAGUUUCAGUCCUCUCCAAGGCUGAAUCAUCUCAUUUCAGCAAAACCAGGGAGUAAGUGUUGUGUUUUCAUUUGUCAAAUGCAGUUGGCAAGUUGGACCAGUAUAAAUCAUGGUAAUUAUAUUUUUGGUUACAGUUCUUAGUUGAGAUGAAAGCUGCAGUACUCUUCAAACUGUACAUGCCUUACUACAGCACACUCAGUAUUCCUUCAUGAACUAAUCACAUGGGAAACACAAAACUAAAGCAGCGGGACUAAUCCCGUUUGUUUUAUAAAUGUUUCAUAAUGAUGACGAUCAUCUUCUGGCAAACCUACUGUACAGUCCCAGUGCAUGCUUAUGGGAGCAUCACGUGUACUGUGCUUUGUUAUCAACGUCUAUGGAAUGCAACAUUUGUCAUGUUUGUCAUUCACCAUAAAGAUGUCAUUUUGAACCCGUUGGGUUUCAUUCAGCUGGAAAAAAGCACACAUAAAGAGCCAAAAUACUCACAAAUUGUUUUAAAUGUCUUUACAUUAUGCUUCAUUCAAAUCAUGACUUGGAGACCUACUAAUGCAUAUGUUCAACAAUAUUGAUUGGUUCCUAUUUGUCUUACACUUUUGGGAGCUUUGGUUAAGCAUACGUUGCAGAMUUGAAAAUUUUAACUUUUGCAGCAUUGAAUAUUUCACAAAGCUUGGACAUCAUAAAGCCCUGUCUACACAACUCCAAACGAUAAAACUUUUUUUUCUGUCUUUAUAAAAAAAAUUCUCUGGCUACAUUAAUCUAAUAGAAACACCCAAACUAUGCCACUAGGUGUCAAGAAUGUCCAAAUUAAUGACAUGUCAAACUACAGAGUAAGAACAUUAUUAGCUUAAUUCAAGAUUCUCCUAAACCUUGUUUUUUUAUGAUAAUAUUUGCUGUUUCCUCUCAGUUUUUAACAUUUUCAGCACAUGAUCAGAGUUUAAUGGUGAAAUUGUGGUUUUAGGACACAAACUCAUUGGGCCUCAUGCAAGAACAUGUUCAUAUUCUUAUCCUAAAUUUCUCUUACUUUUGUUCGUACGA